AUGAAGUUCCUCUUCUCUCUCGUCGCAUUUGCCGGCGUCGCUCUAGCUCAGCAAGCCGUGAUCGGACUUCCUAAGACUGGCCAGACAGUGGCCCGCGGUGACGAGCUGAUUGUUCAAGUCCAGCUUCCUACCACGGCUUCCGCUUAUUAUGAAGUUGGGGUUGCUAUCGGCAUUUCCGAUUGCGCCUACGGCUGCUAUGCUGCCUCCGAACAAAUGGGUUCAAUUGUUGAUGAUGAUGAUGAUGUAUUCAUUUGCCCGAUGUAG